AUGGCCAUGCGCUUCCCCCCGCUGCGCCACGCCCUGCGCCAGCCCCUCGCCAGUCCCCGCGCCACACAACGUCGCUGGGCACGUGUGCAGGAUGUGCGCUUUCUCGUCACCCACGACACCCAGGAGCGGGUCCUGGCAAAGUACCGUGACAAGCUCGAGUCAAAGGCCCGUGAAAAGGGUCUCCGUGACCUCGAUGAGCUGAAAGAGCAGUACAAGGACCGGAUAGAGGAAUUGAGGAAGCAGGCCAUUGUGCCUGGUGCGACGGGACCUCUGACCCCUCCACCACAACACAAGCAGCAGCAGCAGCAGCGACAAACACCAAACACCCCUCCACAAUCAAGGCCAGACAGCCAACAGGCAUCGUCGCCCCCUCCCCCACCACCCCGCGCUGGACCUGGCUCCCCUACCGCCCCGCCUCCAGGCGUCCAGACGCUCAAUUCCUUCCUCGCCGUCGACAAAAUCCAAGAAAACACGCGAGAGGAGAUAGAAGCCCUCUGGCGCAUGCGCCAUGCAAACAACCCACAGGGCAUCCACUUUGCCGUCCCAGCAAGCACCUUCUCCAACCUCCUCUGCAGCGCGAAGCAGCAUCCCUCCUUCGUCCUCCCCAUCCCCCGCGAGAUACCUGCAGACCCUGACGCCGCCCCCGACGCCCAGGGCAAGACGCAGCAGGCCGUCGAGCUACACUACCUGCAGUUUGCCCACCCCCACGACCACACAACAACCCUCAUGUUCACCACGCUCGCCGAGUUCAAGCUGCGCGGCGAGUUCGCCAGUCCCCACACUACCGUCACCUUCCACCAGGAGCUGGCCGACAGCCACAACCUUGUCCUCGGCCAGGGCCUGGUCGUUGAGAAGCGCGGCGUCAGUCUCGACGACGCCAGGUGGCUCAUCAUGUGCAUGCAAAAGUUCUAUGUCCAGACGGACGAGGGAAAGGGAAGGAGCGAGCUGCUCGACAUGUUCACCAGAGGCGACAGUGCUUUCAAGGUCGAGCGUCUGAUUGACGAGGCCGAAAAGGUAUUGUAG